GGCAGCCAAGUGGGGGUCCGGCCCCCGGGGGGACCCCCCGGGGGGCCCCGAGCUCAGGCGGGAAGAGCGUCCCCGACGGGAAUCUCGACGACAGCGGGGUCCUGGCUCGUUGUGGGGACCCCCUCCCCUAAAGGCGAUGUAGGAGAAGGACGCGGGGGUGGGGCCCGCUCUGCCGCCGUUACCGGGAGGGGCGGGGCCUCGAGGGGGCGGGGCGUCACCGCCUGCCGGGACCGGCCGGUCCUCCCCCCCCCCCCCCGCCAGUACCGGAAGGGCCCGGCCCGGCACCAGCGCGUCGCCGCCAGCAUGAGCGAGACGGUGCUGUGCAGCACCCGGGCGGUGGUGCUGCUCUACGAUGACACCCACAAGCAGUGGGUGGCGGCGGGUGGGGGUCCCCAGACCCUCAGCUGCGUCCAGCUCUACCACAACCCCAGCGCCAACGCUUUCCGCCUGGUGGGGCGCAAGAUGCAGCCCGACCAGCAGGUGGUGCUGAACUGCCCGCUGGGGCGGGGGCUGCGCUACAGCCAGGCGACCCCCCAGUUCCACCAGUGGCGGGAGGCUCGCCGGGUCUGGGGGCUCAGCUUCGGGGCCCCCCGCGAGGCCGCCCUCUUCGCCGCCGCCGUGCUGCGAGCCCUGCAGGCGCUGGAGGAGGGCACCCCGCUGUCCUGGCCGGACCCCGAUGGUUUGGCUCCGGAGGAACCCGAGCAGCAGGAGAGGCAGGUGCUGGAGGAGCCCGAGCGCCGCGUGGCGGCUGCAGGCACCCCGGCCGUGCCCACUGGAGGCCCCCCGCCGCCUCCUGGCCCCCCCCCGCCCCCAGGGCCCCCCCCACCCCCUGGCCCCCCGCCAGCCACGGGGGUCCCACCGGCCCCCCCUUUGCCAGCGGCGACGGGUGCUGCUGGGGGGGCGCCCGGGGGGGGCUCCGGCUUCGCCGCUGCCAUCGCGGGGGCUAAACUCAGGAAAGUCGGCAAGGACGAGGCACCGGGUGCGGGGGUCCCCCCUGCACCCCCCAAGGGCGAAAGUGCCCGGGGGGGGGCCGGGGGGGGGUUGAUGGAGGAGAUGAGCGCCAUGCUGGCCCGACGGAGGAAAGCCACCCUGCAGGGGGACAAGCCAGUGCCAAAGAGGGAUGAGGACGUCACCAGCGACGAGGCGGAGCCGAGCACUAGGACCCCGGGGCAACCAGCGGAGCCCGUGCGGAGGCCCUGGGAGAAGGCUAGUUCCACGCUGCCCAGGAUGAAGUCGGCUGUCCCAGCUGCCCCCGCCGACCCCCCCGGCCCUGCUGAUGAGCCCGACCUCGAGCGAAUCAAACAGGAGCUGCUGGAGGAGGUGCGCAGGGAGCUGCAGAAGAUGAAGGAGGAGAUCAUUGAAGUGUUCGUGGUGGAGCUGCGGAAGCGGAGCACGCCCUAACUCCCCAGCCUGGGGGGGGGGACUGGGGGGGUUCCCCUUGUUCCCCCCCCCCCCCCAUUUCACCCCCUCACCGCCCUGUGGGGGGUGGGGCUCCAGGCCGGACCCCCCCAGGCUGUGCCUUACCGACUGGGAGGGACCAAAGCCACCCUCCCCCCACUGUGCCCCCCCUCACCGCUAGUUUGGGGACCCCCUUUUUUUAUACUGGGGAGGGGGGGGGAAUAAGAGAAGCCCCCCCUCCACCCCCCCGGGGUCUUUUUUAUGCCACUUUUGGGUUUUUUUCACCUUUUUUUUUUUUAUUUUAGAGGUGGGUAGGGGGGAGGUUGGGGGUGUCCCCCCCCCUCCCCUCCCCGAAUAAAUGCGGUUGUUUUGUACAUGAUACCUGUGUCCGUGACACCCGUGGGGACCCCACCCGUGGGGGGGGGCUUUGCUUUAAUAGCAUGUGCCAGCCCCGCCCACUCAUCCUAGCCCCGCCCCAAGCAGCUCCCCACCAAUCACAGCCCAGCCAGGGCUUAGGCC